AUGUCGCCGCUGACAUCAAAGAGGAACCGAGAGCCCAAACCCCCUCUGAUUCUUAAGAUGAGCAGCCGAAGAUUCAGUACACAUCAGGGCCAGAUAUGUAUUAUCUCCACUGUAAUCCCUAAGAUCACCGUUCAAUUCAAAAGUAUAGAGGAUAUUAGAUGGUACGGAAGUGCCUUUUUCUUAACGCUCGCCGCUUUUCAAAUAUUUUCGCUACGAGGUGCUUUCCUAACCACUAUUAGGAUCUUCGAGAUUAGGAGUUUGGUAUACGCUUUAGCACCAAACAGUGUUGCGUUGAUUGUGGGACGGGCUAUCCAGGGUAUAGGAGCUGGGCUUACUAGCGGCUACUACACUAUCGCAGCCUUUAUUGCGCCUCUAACCAAGGUCUCUAUUCUCAUCGGCCUGUUAGGUUCGACCUUCAGUCUUACGAGUAUUGCGGGACCUCUACUAGAUAGCGCCUUUUCGCAGUAUAUCUCGUGGUGCUGGUGCUACUACAUUAAUCUCCUUAUCGGCGGCGUGGCUGCGGCGGUAUUGGUGAUUUUCUUCCGCACACCGACGUAG